AUGAGUAACGAUCCGGCGCCUAAUGUGCGAAAAAGUUGCCUGGUUGUCCUGACCAUCAGACAUGUCACGCAAGCAUGUCCGGAAUUCCAGAAUACAAGAAAUACCGUAUCAAUACCGGACAGACCGGAAGGAGCUCUCAACGGGGACGACAGGGAGCCCCCUGACGUUCCCGACUAA